AUGUCUCACCAGUAUUCCACCAACUACGCUUGGAUUGCCAACAAAUUUUAUCGUCGAUCUUUCGGUGGUCAAAACAUGCUUUGUAUAGAUAAUCUUGAAUCCAAGAGGAUCAUAGAAGAAGUACAUGUAGGGACAUGUGGUUUACACGUGAAUGGAAUGACUUUAACCAAGAAAAUACUCCGUCUAAGAUAUUAUUGGCAAAACCUCAAACAAGAAUAUGUGAACUAUGUGAGGAUUUAUCAUCAGUGUCAAAUAUAUGCUAACCUGAAGCAUACACCUGCCUCGCUCCUCUACAACAUGAUAUCCCCUUGGUCCUUUUCUACAUGGGGAAUAACCAUAAUUGGGAAAAUCUAUCCUCACGCAUCAAAUAGAAACGAAUUCAUACUUGUCGCUAUAGACUACUUCACCAAAUGGGUUGAUGUGGUCUCUUACAAGGUCUUGAAAUCAUCUCAAGUGCCAAAGUUCAUCCGAACUAGCAUCAUUGCUAGAUAUGGAUUUCCUGAUGCCCUACUUUCAAACAAUGGUCGACACUAUCAAGGAAAAAUAUUGCAAGUGCUCGACGAGUUCAAGAUCGAGCAUCACAAAUCAUCGCCCCAUAGACCCCCAAACAAAUGGUUUGGUCGAAGCGGCAAACAAAAAUGUGAUUAA